GAGUGACAACGUCGCACAAUGACGAAGUGCUCUGUUAAAAAGUGUAAAAAUUGUCCAAGAAUUGUGCUCAAAAAGGAUGGCGUUUCCUUUUACGUGUAUUUCAGUUUUCCGCAGAACGCCAUAAUAAGGAAUGAAUGGAUUUCUAUUAUAGCGAGAGACCGAGGUGAAGAGUUUUUUAAGCCACAAAAAGGAGCCGUCGUAUGUUCUGAACAAUUUCUUCCAUCAGACAUCCAUACGACAGACAGGGUAGUAAUUAUCCUGUAAACCAAAUCACAUCGAAAUCUGUUCAGUACAAUUUGCGUGAUUGAAUAACAAACAUCCUCACAUACUUACAAACAAACAUCUAAAAAAUACAUUUUCCAGAUUGACCAAACCGGGGAUCGAACCCGAGACGUCCGACUUGGCAGUCAGGCAAGAUGAUUAUUAGGCCACAGAAGUCGACAAAAAACAAAAGAACUACCUUUAAAGUAAAAAAUAAACUACUUACAUCCAAAUCGACACAUAAUCACAGACAUUCAAACACUCAUACACCAAAACAAACUCCUUCUAAUAUCCAAUAGACAAUUUUUAUUGCAACGCAUUUCGUAUCAAAAUGUUAGUGUGUGAAGUUCCUGCCACGAUACCAAACAAACACACAUAUUUCGCUUCUACCACAUUAAAUAUUCUCUUCACUCCUAACAUUAAAUCUGCUCACGGAUGUACUAUCCUUUUUGAAGUACAAUGCGACUCUUGUCUCGUCAUAAGUCAUAAUUAUUCUUCGAUGACGUCACGAGUCACGGCCCAAAAGUCAUAGAGGGUCACAGUUACC